CCCGCUUUAACCGGCGAUGACGCACCUUCGGCGCCAUCGCCUCCUCCACCCCAGCGAAGCGCGCUCCCGACGAGGAGAGCAUCGCUCGGGAGCGCGCCUCGAGAGCGUGCGCGCCCCACGUGACCCCUCCAGGACCAACUAGAAGCCGGAGAUUGUGGGGCGCGAAGCGCGUUCUCGCAGGCAGUUGCUGCGGGCGGGAGAGCCGAGCGGAGGAAGAAGCGGGCUCCCAGCGUGUGCGGACUCGCUCCCUGAGAGGUCUCUGCCUGCCGCGUCACCAUGUCCGAGGAGAAGCCCAAGGAAGGAGUAAAAACAGAGAAUGACCAUAUCAAUUUAAAAGUAGCUGGUCAAGACGGAUCGGUGGUCCAAUUUAAAAUAAAACGGCACACACCACUAAAUAAACUAAUGAAGGCUUAUUGUGAGAGACAGGGUUUGUCAAUGAGACAGAUUAGAUUCAGAUUUGAUGGACAACCAAUUAAUGAAACAGAUACACCUGCACAGUUGGAAAUGGAAGAUGAAGAUACUAUUGACGUGUUUCAACAGCAGACGGGUGGCAUGUGCUAAAUACCCUGUCCUUUUGGGAAGAGGAAUGUAAAAUGUCACCUCACUUUAUCAUCUGUCCUUGGAUUUGCUAUUAAAUAGUAAACAAAUGAACAUGCCAAUCAUACAGGAAUCUUCUCAUGUUCUGAGGACACUUAUCCAAAUUCUUUUCCUGUCCCUGAUAUACUGCGUGUGCAAGUUGAAGCUGUAUCUGUGGAAAAUAACUGCAUCAUAAAAAUGGGCCCACUCAAAAUUAAAUUAUCAAAUAAGUGAAAUACUGGCUGUUGUCUGCUAUCAUAUUGUUACUAUAAAUUUGUGGCCUAAAUACCAACCUACUGUAAAACAAGGAUACUUAGUCCUGGCUUUUGUUGUUUUUGUUUUACUGCUUAAUUAUAGUAAUGUAAAUAUUGAAAUAUUUUUCCUUGCGAUAGUAAGUUUUUCUCAGAAUAGUUGGCUUGGGAAGGAAGAAAGGGUUUUUUUACCAUUAAACACAGUAAUUACUUUAAAACUGUUAAUGGGAUAUCAGAAAGGGCAGUACUUCCAGAUACAAUGCUCAGUAUUGUGGCAGUUUAAGUAAGGCAAAUGUACAUGUGCUUUUUCAUAAUAAAAUAGCAUAGAAUCAAACAAUUUUUUUAAAGUAAUGGAAUGUCUUUUGAAUUUGUCAACAGCUGUAGCAUUUGCAUAUGUUAACUUUCACAUCUACUAUUUAACUAUCUCAUGUCCGGGGUUGAGCACAGUAUAUUUGAUAAAAUGUUUAAAGAAUGGACCAGACUCCUCUAGGAAGCUCUGCUGUGCAACUUGUGUUAAUUUUAAUGGGACAUGUGCCGGAGAAAUUCUUAGCAGAUGGUUCCCAGUGAGAGUCACUGCUUCUCAUUAUUGAUUUAUUAGACAAUAAAAAUUGUGUACCUUCUGUCAUCUUGAAAGCUGAACUUGUAGCCGUAUUUCUUAAUCUGAUACUUUCAGAUCUCUAGGCUGGGAUUCAAAGAGCGAUGUACCAUGUUCUGCAUAUGCACCAGUGUUUUCUGCUUCUUAUUCCUGCUAGAGCUCUUAGCAAUGUGCAAUGCAGUACGGAGAAAGUGAAUUCAAUACCAUAUUCUUUGUGUGCAGAUGGAUCCUCUGCUCGUGCAUGGGGCUCUUUCGAUCCCAGUCAUAGAUUCAUAGUUCUUUUAAUAUAUUCUGUUGAGUAAAUUAGGCCUUACAUUUAAGAACAUGGAAUUUCAGUAUAUUUGUGGUCAAGUUAAAUGUGCAGGUGUACUAUUGGAAGACAUAAAACACAAAAUUCUGAAUAACAAAACCUGAUAUUCUUAAAGAACUUGCUGUGCUACUUCCCCAAAUAUUUUGAGUUUUAAAUGAAUUUUUGUAGUGACAUCAGCUUGUGAUAUUCCUGAAUAUGUCCAAAUAAAAAUGUAAGGUCAUUCUGUUGACUUUCAGUAAGGGUAUUCAUUGCUGCUUAAGGUCACUUUCUGCCUUUUAUAUCUACUGUCUAUGUUAAAUCAUCUUGCAAGAAAUCCUGCUGGAAAAGUCUUCUUUUUUCAUUUGAUUGUAUAUGGGCUAAGGAGGGAUAUUCUUUUAACUGUCAUUGUUUAUUCACCAAUUUAUACAAUACUUGUUUCCUUUACUACUGUAUUCAGUAAAUAUAGUUUGGUACUCUG